UCCAGGACUAAGCAACAUAACCUCAAACUAUUCUAACCUCAAAUUUCAGUAAUUUUAUUACAAAUUUUGCAUUAUUUCAUCAAACUGGCAUUCUUCUCAUAGUUCUAGAGUUGAUUUUAAAUUUAAUACAUUUAAAAAUGAAAAAACUCUUAUCUCACAACUCAUAAUUCAACAAUAUCUCGAAAAUCAUCUGAUUUCAUAAAACUCGUCAUCACCUGUUUGUGACAGUACUAACUUUCAAUAUCGGUGUGCUUGAAGGUUAGAAACGUUGUGAUCCACAUUUAUUUAUUGAGUAAAUUAUAUUUUCUAGAUUAGUAAAAACUAAAUUCCUGUAAAAUGCCGAAGAAGAAGACAGGGCAACGUAAGAAAGCUGAAAAGCAGAAGCUUCGGCAAAAGGAAAUUCGAACUGCGAAGGACAAUAUGUCACUGGGUAAAUUCCCAUGCAAUGCAGCUAUGGAAUGCGAGAAGUGCCACAGAAAGCAGAAGAACAGAGCCUUCUGCUAUUUCUGUCAGAGCGUUCAGCGUCUACCCCAAUGUGCACAUUGCGGUAAAAUAAAAUGCAUGUUGAAGACAGGAGACUGCGUGAUACGUCAUGCUGGAGUGUUCACCACUGGAAUGGCUAUGGUGGGCGCAAUCUGCGACCACUGCGAGGCAUGGGUGUGUCACGGCAGACGCUGUCUGACGUCGCACGCGUGCACUUGCCCGCUGCAAGAGGCCAUCUGCCACGAGUGCGAGCGAGGCGUUUGGGACCACGGCGGUCGUAUCUUCAAGUGUUCCUUCUGCAACAAUUUCCUCUGUGAAGAUGACCAGUUCGAGCAUCAGGCCUCCUGUCAAGUGCUCGAGUCUGAGAACCUCAAGUGCCAGUCAUGCAACAAACUAGGCCAGUACUCGUGCCUGCGUUGCAAGACGUGCUUCUGUGAGGACCAUGUUCGCAGGAAAGGAUUCAAGUAUGAGAAGAACAAGGCAAUUCCUUGUCCCAAGUGCAGCUAUGAUACGUCGCUCACCAAGGAUCUUAGCAUGUCUACUCGCUCGCAUAAGUUUGGCAGACAAGGUCAGAGUGGACCUGAUGACUACGAUGAUUAUGGGCAGAGUGGAGAGUAUAACGGAUAUUAUGGAGGAACUUCAGGAAAUAACUCCGAUUCGGAUGAUGAUUAUAAUCCCGGAUAUGAUGAUAGCGAGGAUGAUGAUGAUGACGACGAUGAUGAAGAUGAUGAUGACGAUGAUGAUGAGGAAGAAAGUGAUGAUUCUCAACCGUCAGCGAAAAAAUGAUACAGAAUCAUCGACAUGUUGUCUCAACCAUCAUUUUCACAAGCAAUGCAUGAGGAUUACAAAUUAACUUUGAAUUAAAAAUACUUCACAAUAAUAAAUUAAAUUGUAAAUCUAAAUGAACGGAUGAUUGGAUUUUUGUGAAUGAAAUUGUAAGAUUUUUGAAUGAAAAUUACGGUGUUAAUUUACGCUUGAAGCGUCUGGAAUUUUUUACGGUACAUAUCAGUUGGUCGUUGGUAAUUCAUGGAAUUAAAAUAAAAUACAUUCAAUUUGAAAUAA